CACAGUUUUUUCAACUACUUGGAUUAAGGAUGACCACUCCUCAAUUAAUCGUCGGUUUGCUUUGGUUGCUAGCGGUUUUCACAGCAGAAGCAUCAGCUCAAGGAAAUCUUGUUCUGAAGAGUUUCCAACGUGCCAAGUUGGAAUGCAAACAGUACCUCCCACCGUUGGACGACUCGGACGGACUAUGUCAAUCCCGUUGUGAAGCGAUAGCGUUACAUUCCUGGGAUGACUGCUCCGGAUUGCUGUACGUCCCAUACAGUCGCCAUUUUCAACCGGAUCGCAAUGACAAGAACUACCUGAAUCGUACUCUGCGCUGUCUCGAUGCUGGUUUGGAAAAUGUUUCGAGUGAAGCUGUUUGCUGCAAAGCAUCGGUAUAUUGGCGCUGCUACCGGGAUCAAUGGGGUAACCUGAUCGGGACGCCCCAGCUUGUUCCGCUGUCAAAAUUGCAGAUCAGCAGUACCAUCGAACAGUGCGCCCAGAUGUUGCAGGUUAACCAUACAGAGUUGCAAUAUUUCGCACGGAACCAUUUUGACGUAUCGGAUCGAUCCCGUUGCCUGAUGCGUUGCAUGCUGAUCAGGAAAGGAUUAUACAGCGACGCCAGUGGACCCGACCUCGACCGGAUGUAUGUUCAGUGCGGGGGAUAUAGCAUAGAUGAGGAAACCUUCAAACGGAAUGCGAGUGAGUGCAUCGACAGACUUCGCGGCAAGUGCUAUGACAAGUGUACGCUGGCAACCCGGAUCGUUGUAGAUUGCUUUCCGAUCGAUGCAGGGCCAGUAACCGGUGAGACGCUCGAAGAAGUGGAAAUGCUGGCGGCCGCGGCGAUAGAUAGGAUUGUUACCUGGAUGCAAGGAGCGAAGCUGCAGAUAGCCCACCACAAAACAGAAGUGAUGUUGGUCAGUAACUGUAAAGCAGUGCAGCGGGCAGAAAUCACCAUUGUUUCGAAGCGCGUGCUGUAG